AGAAUUAAAUAUUUGUCAAUCAAUUACCACUAACUACAAACAGAAAUUGCUGGAAAUGAAAAACAGAUUGCAGUCUUGCUUGCAACAUUAACAAUAAUAUAUGAGUUGAGUGUCAAACCAUUGAAAAUUCAACAUUCAGUUUAUCUUGUCUGAAAAUGGAACUAUCAGUCAAUCAUCGCGGCGGAGCUCCACCACCUUCACCGAAACUCUAGAUUUCAGAGCCGCCCCUAAAAUCUUGAGAAAAGGGAGCAACCAGCUAUGUUGGCUCCGGUACUGUUCAUCCUGCUCCUCCAGUUGGCUCUUCCAGCUUCAGCUCUCGAAUUCAUCUUCAACUCCUUCGCCGCUGGCACCGCAGCUAAUCUCACACUCACCGACGAUGCCCGCCUCGUGCCGCCGGUGAUCCGCCUGACCAAUGAUUCCAACCAGUUCUCGCUUGGUCGUGCCUUUUACCCCGCUAGAAUCCCGUUCAAGCCCUCCAAUUCCAGCAACAUUACCACCUCGUUUUCAACUCAGUUCGUGUUCUCGAUCCUGCCCGAGAUCUCCACCAGUCCGGGUUUCGGGCUCGCCUUCGUCAUUUCCAACUCCACUUCCCCGCCCGACGCGCUUGCGGGUCAGUAUUUUGGGCUUUUCUCCGGCGCCAGGACGCCGUCCGUGGCUCCACUUUUGGCAAUCGAAUUCGAUACUGGUCGGAACCCGGAAUUCAAUGACCCCGAUGGAAACCAUGUGGGCAUCGACCUCAACAAUAUUGAAUCCGUGACCACGGAAACAGCUGGGUAUUACAAUAGUACUGGCACUCUUGUACCUGUUGAUAUGAGAAAUGGGCAGAACAUUCAUGCCUGGAUUGAGUUCAACGGCCCGGAGAAUGAAAUCAAUGUGACAAUUGCUCCAGCUGGAAUGCCCCGACCCACGAGGACUAUGUUGUCAUACAAGAAUCCAACGAUCGCAAAUUAUUUGGGGCCAGAGAUGUUUGUCGGAUUUUCAGCUUCCAAGACUCAAUGGGUUGAGGCACAGAGAGUCUUGGCUUGGAGUUUUAGUGAUGUUGGGAUUGCAAGGGACAUAAACACGACGGGUUUACCCGUUUUCAUGUUAGAGAGUUCGGGUUCGUCUUCGUUGUCCGCAGGCGCAGCUGCAGGGAUUGCAGUUGGUUGCUUGGUGGCCGUAGUCGUCAUGUGUUGUUUGGUGUACUGGUUUUGGUGGAAAAGGAGAAGGGAAAACGAAGAAGAUGAUGGGAUUGAGGAUUGGGAGAUGGAGUAUUGGCCUCAUAGGUAUUCUUAUGAGGAGCUUAGUGUGGCUACAAAGGGAUUUUCGAGUGAAGAGUUGCUUGGCUCUGGUGGAUUUGGCAAAGUCUACAAAGGGACACUAGCUAAUAACAUGGAGGUGGCGGUGAAAUGCGUUAACCACGACUCUAAACAGGGGUUAAGGGAGUUUAUGGCUGAGAUUUCAAGUAUGGGGAGGCUGCAGCACAAGAACUUAGUGCAAAUGAGAGGGUGGUGUAGAAAAGGGAAUGAGUUGAUGCUCGUUUAUGAUUACAUGCCUAACGGUAGUCUUAACAAGUGGAUUUUUGAUAAGCCGAAUAACCUUUUGGAUUGGGAAGGGAGGAAGAGAGUCUUGGUGGAUGUUGCCGAGGGCUUGAACUAUCUACAUCACGGUUGGGAUCAGGUGGUUGUUCAUAGGGACAUUAAGUCAAGCAAUGUAUUGUUGGAUAGUGACAUGCGGGGGAGGUUGGGCGAUUUUGGCCUAGCAAAGUUGUAUACACAUGGAGAGGUGCCAAACACGACUCGGGUCGUGGGCACGUUGGGGUACUUGGCACCGGAGGUGGUUACGUUGGCUGCACCGACCGCGGCUAGUGAUGUUUAUAGCUUUGGGGUGGUGGUGUUGGAAGUGGUGUGCGGGCGGAGGCCGAUUGAUACGGCGGUGGCGAGCGAGGAUGAGGAAGUGUUGAUCGAUUGGGUCAGGCAAAAAUAUGUAGAUGGAAGGCUACUAGAGGUGGCUGAUGAGAGGAUCAAGGGGGAGUAUGAGGUGGAGGAGGUGGAGGCAGUAUUGAAACUCGGUUUGUCUUGUUGCCAUCCAGACCUUUCCCGUCGGCCUACAAUGAGGGAUGUUACGGCAAUUUUGUUAGGUGAGCAUGCAGCGAUGGAGCCAAAGGAGUUGUUGUCAGAAUUGACGCCGACGACUAGCUUCGUUGAUGGAGGUGAAGGUGGUGAUAAUGAACAAGAGAAGGAGACUAAGCCUGAAGAGCAGGUGUGAAUAUUCAUUUCUAUGUACGUUUUGUACGUCGAAGUUUCAAGGCAUUUGGAUUUAAAUGCUUACAGUUUUGAUGAGAUUUGGAUUGUAACUAGACAACUUUUUUUGGAGCCUGCCACUAUUGUACUAUAAACUUUGUAUUUUCUUUUACAUUAUAAUAAGAAAACAAAAAAGUGUUCCAUUUCCUUA